AUGAGAGUAGAUGGCAAAAAGGCAAUUAGGUUCACAGACAACAAUCAUGCUGAAUUAGCAGAAAUGCCAGAGAACCUUUUUGCAUUAAAAGUUGAGUUCUUUGAUAACAGUGGUAAGCCCAUGAAUAUCGUGUUUAAGAAACUUAAAAGGUUCAGGAUCUCCAUGGGACAUGCUUUAGGAGAUUAUACAAGCUUCAAGAAGCAUUCAUUUGAAAACAAAUUGAUGUUGGUCACUAGCAAAGAUGAGCUGUUGGAAUCUAGCAUGAAUGAGUUGUUUGAGGAAACCCAGACGCUUUAUUUGGAGGUGGAUGGGAUGAAGGAUCUUGAAGAAGUUUUAGUGGAACCUAAAUGUGUGCCUCAACAUUCGUUUAAUAAUUUAAGAGUCCUUGAUGUUUUCAAGUGUUCAAACUUGAAAUGCCUCUUCACAGUUCCUAUGGUAAGUGGUUUGACGAAGCUUGAGCGUCUCACAGUAUCAGAGUGCCCUGUUCUGGAUGUACUGGCAUAUAAUGACAAUGGUGGAGAUGGUGUAAUUAAGUUUCAGGAGCUAAAGUUUCUAUCUUUGGAUAAGCUACCAAAGUUGGUUGGUCUUUGCAACACUGCUAAUGUAAUUGAGCUACCAGAGCUAGUGGAGUUGAUACUAGAUGGCCUUCCUAAUUUCACUAGCAUUUAUCCUAGGAAUACAUCUGCAAUAUCUUCUAUAUCCAGUAACGUUUCUAAAAAUCAACCAUUCUUGAACAAAGAGAUGUUGGUUUCUAAGUUGGAGAUAUUGCGAAUUAGGAGGAUGGAUAAGCUGAAAGAGAUAUGGCCUUAUCAAUUUAGUAGUAGUGAUGAAGUUAAUGCCUGCAUGUUGACAAAGAUUGAGGUGAUGGAAUGUGAUAAUCUUGUGAAUCUGUUUCCAACCAAUCCCAUGUCUUUGCUGGGUCGUUUGGAAGAGCUUCAUGUUUCUGAAUGUGGAAGCAUUGAAGUGUUAUUUAACAUCGACAUGAGUUGUGUUGGUGAAAUUGAAGAAUUAAGUAGCAACUUGAGAUUUAUUUAUGUAAAUGGUUUGGGGAAGCUAAGAGAGUUGUGGAGCAUGAAAGGUGAAUGUAGCUUUGAUAUUCUCAUCCGUAGCUUUCAAGCUAUUGAAAUAAUAGAAAUAAGAAGUUGUGAGAGGUUUGUAAACGUAUUCAUGCCGACCGUGAGCAAUUCUAAUGUGAGGACACUUAUGAAUGUGACUAUAGAUGGUAGGAGACCUUGUGAAGAAACCGGAAGAAACAUUGAAUUGCUUCAGAAUAGCCAAGAGGUAUGUGAUGUCAUUCAUCUUUCAAUUUCUAUUUUGAUGUUUACAACACUUAUUUGUAUGUGGCUGUAUAUACCCUCACACUUAAAUGUGUAUCUGUAG